AUGUCUUCUCAUAACCAAAAUCAACAUGAAAUAUCAAUUGAUCCUGAGUCAUAUGUACGAGUAAUUCAUAAAACGGUAUCCAUCCCGUUGGAAAAUGACCAUAACCGUAAUUUUUAUUAUGUAAAUGAUGACGAUAAAAAUUUAUUUAUUGAAAUAAAUAAUUGGAAGAAAUCACAUAUCGAUGCCAGUUUAGCUAAUGCCUGUCAAAAUUUCUCAUCACAUCGUAAUGGUGAUGCAAUUGCAAAAGUUAUAUAUGGUUAUCACCAACCAGAUUUCAUAUUGAAAUUUGAGGAGGAUUACAGUGACGCGAAAGAGAAAAGAGAAAGAGAAAUAAAACGUCGAGGUUUUGAACAAUUGUUAAUGUUGUCUGGUUUGAUAUUAGAACGGGAAUUUGAACCACAAGAUAUUCUUCUAAAUGAAGGUAAAACUAGAAAUGUUUACGUCAAAAUAUAUGCAUCUUUCCAAAGAUUAUGCGAAGAAGCACAAUUUCUUAAAAUUAAAAUGUUGUUAAAUAUAAUUCGUGAUUUCACAUAUGAAAUGGAAGGAAAUAAAGUAUCAGCAUUUUUCAAAAAAGAUUCACCGGAGAAUUAUAUAGGUGACAACGAAUCAAAAGAUGAUUUUAUUUUAAAUUUUUGGAGUUCUGCAAGAAGAAAUUUGUUGGUUCAUCGAAUUAUUAUCACUGCUAAUCAAAUUAAUGAAAAACUAAAAAAUGAAAAAAUGAUAAUUGAACGUAAAACAUGUAUAAAAUCAUUAUCCAUUAAUCGUCUGCUUGAUCAAAGAGUAUAUAAUAAAUUUUAUACUCUUCAUGAUGGCUCCUAUAAAGAAGAAGGUCCUCUAGAUAAAGUUAAUCUUAGAGCUAAAUUAAAUCAAUCAUGGGCAAAAUUUAGUCGGAAAAAACAACCUUUAGGUGAUAUUAGAAAAUAUUUUGGCUUUUACACUACAUGGUUGACAAUACCGUCAGCUGGUGGAAUAAUUGUAGUUGUAUAUGGAUUGAUAAUUUUUAAUAUUAAUGGAAAAGACAGUGGAAUUUAUUUAUUAUGGGAUAAUGCACUUACUGUACCAUAUGCUUUAUUAAUGGCAAUUUGGGCUACAUGCUUUUUGGAAACUUGGAAGAGAGUCAACACAUUCAUUAAAUAUGGAUGGAAUGUAUUGGAAUAUGAAAAAGAGAUUGGAAUUGUUAUAGUAACAAUUGGAGUUUUAUUGGUUUCUCCUAAAUUAUGGGUUAGUCAAACAGGAAUAUGGCAACCAGUUGUUGUUGCAUUAGUGAAUUUAGCCACAAUUUUAAUAUUGGACAUGUUGUAUAAAACAAUUGCUUUUCGAUUAACUCAAUUUGAAAAUCAUAGAACAGCUACACAAUUUGAAGAUGCAUUAAUUUUAAAAACUUAUCUAUUUGAUUUUAUAAAUUUUUACUCUGCUUUAUUUUAUAUUUUAAUACUUAAAAAAAAAUUCGUAGGGUGUGAAUUUCAGAAUAAUUGUAUGGCAGAGCUCACUCUUCAAUUGGCAAUAAUAUUAAUUGGCAAACAAACAGUUGGUCACAUUCAAGAAGUUUAUAUUCCAAGAUCAACAAUUUCGAAAAAUAAUAGCAAAAGGGACAUGUACAAAAACAAAGAAGUCCCACAAUGGGCUCAAGAUGAUAGUUUAACCAAACCUAAUAAUGUUAGAGUUGAAUAUGAGGAAAUGGCAUUUCCUUUAGCUCCUGUGUUUGCAUGUAUUAAUAAUAUGAUAGAAAUCAGAUCAGAUGCUAUAAAGUAUAUUAAAACGUAUCAAAGACCUGUUGCAUUUCAGGCACAAGAUAUAGGAAUGUGGGAAAUCAUAUUAACAGUAAUAUCACUUCUUGCUGUACCGACAAAUGCAGUAUUAAUUGCUUUUCAUUCAAGUUGGUUGGAAAAUCAAUUUAAGAGCUAUUAUGGGGAUCAGAUAUUAGUAGCAAGACUUGUAUUUAUUUUAAUUUUUGAACACAUAGUUUUUAUAGUAAAACUUGUUUUUACAUGUCUAAUACCUGAUAUACCAAAGAAUGUUAAAAUAGCAAUUGAUCGAGAAAAUUAUUUAGCUAGAGUUGCACUUGAUCAUGAGCCACCUGCAAUUGAUGAAUAUUUACCAAAGAUUAAAGAUUAUGAUGAUAUAUUUACAAGAGAUGGUGAAUUAAAUAUACCAGUUGGAUAUAACAUAG